AGGUACGGUGGCAUCGUGAAUCGUAUACUAUCAGGCGUGCACUCAGCUCAAGCUGAGAGGUCUUGAUUAGUCACAAUAUUACGUUGGAAUAACCUACCUGCUUCACUGAAGUCAUAGUCAUCAUACGAAAGAAACGCCGUCCCUGCUGAAGAGCGAACUACAUCCACAGUAAUGGCGCCGACGGAGACAGAACCACCGCCAACGCCAACUUUCUUGAAGUUAUCCUACCCAGCGCCGCGUGUGCUGUUGAUACGGAUGGACCGCCCGAAAGAUCUCAACGCCAUGUCUACAGCGGCGCAGUGGGAAAUGGACUCUGUUUGGAAAUGGUUCGACCUUGAACCCCUUCUGAGCGUGGCCAUCAUCACGGGAACUGGUCGAGCAUUCUCCGCGGGCGCAGAUCUGAAAGAGUGGAAUAACUCCAUGUCCGGCGACGCGGAUCCAAAGAACCGCAUGGGAAAUUCGCCGGCCUUCAAACCAUUGAGUCGUCGACUCGGCAAGAAGCCCGUGAUCGCAGCGGUUAAUGGGUUAGCGAUGGGCGCAGGGUGCGAGUUUGCGAUCAACUGCGACCUCGUCAUCGCCGCCGAAGACGCUUACUUUGGAUUGCCGGAGGUAAAGAGGGGAAUUGCAGCGAUUGGCGGUGCGCUACCGCGACUGAUACGCACGAUCGGAUUACAGAGGGCGUCGGAAUUCGCACUUACCGGUCGCAACGCCUCAGCGCAGGAGAUGUUUCAAUGGAGCAUAGUCAACAAAGUAGUCCCGAAAGAGCAAGUAGUGGAUGAAGCUAUCAAAUACGCCGAGACGAUCGCGAAGAAUAGCCCAGACGCGAUUAUUUGCACGCGCGCCGGCUUACGACAGAGUUGGGAGACGGCUAGCGUUGAGAGAGCUGUGGAGUUGACGCUGGAAAAGGAAUGGGCGGAGUUACAGAGGGGAGAGAAUAUCCAAGAAGGCCUGAAGGCGUUUGCUGAGAAAAGGGAACCGAGGUGGAAGGGGAGUAGGCUUUGAGCCCUAGAGAUCUAGAAUAAGC